AUGGCUUCGCGCAGGAACAGUUUGUCACCUCCCGAGAGGAAGGACACCAUGGACCCCGGCGCUCAUGAGCUACCUGGCUCCGACAACGAAGAUCACUACUCCGAUGCCAUCUCUGGCUCAGCCUCCCCCAAGGCUCCGUCCUCACCCAUCCCAAAAACAAGGGUCGAGCGAGUAGACGACAAGCCGGCGUAUGGAGAGGUCCCAGGAACACAAGCAUAUGCCAUGAGGGAAGGAGAUGCGAAGCCGGAUGAGUUUGCCAUUAUCCCAGACCCGGACGCCAAGCUCACGGCCGAGGAGCAUGACGAGCGCCGCCCGUCCACUCCCGGCGGCCGCCCCAUUCCCAAGACCGUAGUAGAGGAGACGCCUGAUAGCGCCGGUGCCGUCACCCACCCUGAGGUCGAGGAGAGGCACAGGGUUGACAGUCCUCCCGACGUGCUUGUCAAGGCGGAUGGGCAGAAGAUCGAGAAUGAGAAGGGUGGUGACAAUGGUACGGAUGCGUAG